AUGCCUGGAUGGAUGGUUCGCACGGUGUUCUUGCUCAAUUCGUGGGUAAUCCGGGCGUUGGUAGUAUUCAGCUUCGCAGCGCAUGUCACCAUCAUCUUCUUGGCCGGAGUCCGCCGUCGUAGGGCUAUCGGCUUGCCGAUAACCAUCCUGUGGGCGGCGAACCAGCUGGGCCGGUGGGCCGCGACGUACGCGCUCAGCAAGCUCGCCCUCGGCAGCACGACGCAGGAGCUGGAGCUGGAGCUGGUGACGCUCUGGGGGGCGUUCCUGCUGCUCCAUGCCGCUGGUCCGGACAACAUCACCGCCUACUCCUUGGAGGACAAUGUUCUGUCGACGCGCCAGAACGUAGAAAUGAUCUUGCAGGUAUCAGGAGCAGUAUUUGCCAUGUACAAGAAUAUAGUCCUCAGAAGUGGGUUAGGUACGAUGAUCUGGGUCUCCUCUUUCAUGUUCAUCAUGGGCAUUUUUAAGUAUUGGGAGAGGGCGAAGGCUAUGCUGCUCGCCAACCUAGAGAACUUGCGAAGCUCAAUCAAGAAGAAGGAGGAGGAGGAGACAAGGAGACGACGAAGCUUGAGAAAUAUUUGGCGUCCAAGCAGUUCGAAGCAUGAUAAUGACGAGGAGGCACUGCUGGUUGCUCAUGGCCUGCUCGACAUCACCAAAGGCGCCUUCGUCGUUUCUUCAGUCGACGAGCAUCAAAUCCCUGUCUAUGCUGCCAGGAGACGAGAGAUAUUUCCUAAGAGUGGCUGGGGGAUGAUGUACAAGGUGGUCGACAUGGAGCUCUCCCUCAUGUAUGACAUCCUCUACACCAAGGCGGCCAUGGUGCACACAUGGCAUGGCUACGCUAUGCGUGCCGCCUCUCCGUUCGCCACUUCCGUGGCCUUCAUGCUGUUUUGGUUUGACAGCAAGCAAGGUCAGCGGAUGACCGAUGUUUUGAUCACCUAUUUCUUGCUGGGAGGUACGGUCCUCCUAGACAUCAUAUGGCUUCUCAGAGCAGUGGCAUCAACAAGGACCUAUUCGUUCCUCAAUGAUAGGCCACACUUGUGGGUUCAUCACGCAUUUUUGUGCUCUGGGAAGUGGCGCCUGCUCCGUCGUCUCAUUGUCUCCCUGGAUCCGUCGUUGAUCCUCGCCAAGGAACCAAGUAGCUACAGGAAGUGGUCUGGAAAAAUUGGACAGUAUAACUUGUUACACAAGUACACUCAUGACAAGGACGAAAGGACCAGAGAUUACUUGAGCUAUGUGGAGUCCAUUCUUAUCAUGCACAUCACUACGAAUGUCGUCUUCAUGUACACUGAAUCUGAACAAAAUGCAGAAUCGUCCAAGUCCAAAGACAAUGUGGAGGUGAAUCAAGGCAUUGUCGGAUUACAUGAUAUUCCUUAUCGCGGUGCGACCCACCAUACUACCUGGUCUCAAGCUGCGCAGCCUGUAUGA